UCCGCGGGCCACGGGCAGUUUGACAGUGGUACUUGAGACGGCUGUCAGGCUCCAUUCUCCCUGAAAGCCUCAGUGAACAGCGUGCUUCUCUCAGCAUGGCAUCUGACGAGCUGGCAAAGAAGCUGCAGUCGCGGCUGGCGGCUACGCAGGAGACUGAGCCGAGGCCGGAGCCCAAACACAGCCCGGUCCGACCCAAGCCGCAGGAGGCCGAUGGAGCCUGCGGAGACUCGUCCUCCGAGCUGUCCGCGAUACUGACCCGCAGGCAGGACAUCAACGAGGGCAACGCUGCUCCACGGCUGACCCGCGUCUUCAACCCCUACACGGAAUUCAAGGAGUUCUCCCGCAAGCAGAUCAAGGACAUGGAGAUGAUGUUCAAACGGUAUGACACUGGUAAAGAUGGCUUCAUCGACCUGAUGGAACUGAAGCUAAUGAUGGAGAAGCUGGGAGCUCCACAGACUCACCUGGGCCUGAAGAACAUGAUCAAGGAGGUGGAUGAAGACUUUGAUGGCAAGCUGAGCUUCAGAGAGUUCCUGCUGAUCUUCCGGAGAGCGGCGGCUGGAGAGCUGCAGGAGGAGAGCGGUCUGAUGGCUCUGGCCAGGCUUUCCGAGAUCAACGUCUCCACAGAGGGAGUGAUGGGGGCCAAAGACUUCUUUGAAGCCAAGAUGCAGGCUCUGUCUCUGGGCAGCAAGUUUGAGGCGGAGAUUCGGGAGGAAAAAGAAGAACGCAAGAGACAGGAAGAGGAGAAAAAAGAGAGGCAAGCCGCCUUCAAGCAGCUGCAAUCCACCUUCUGUUCAUGACCCGCCACAGGAGGCACAUAACAAUCCUGACAUGCACAGUCAGUGUUACUGACAUUUUUAGGAAUAGCUUUUCAUUCCACUUACACUUUAAUCAGUGACAUUGCUCAAAAUGUGGGACUAAUUAACAAAAAUAGCAAGUUUCAUUAAAGUUAACACUCACUUAAAUACUUGAAAAUACCUCAUAACACAUGUCACAGGCAAGGUUUAUUAAUUCCAGACUUUCUGCAGCUGUCCCACAGAAGGCAAUAAGGCAAAAACACACAUUCAGAUGUAUAAGGAAAUAUUAAGUGAUAUCUCCAAACUCAUGGAAGUAUCAUAGAUAAACUGUGCAUUACUGUGGAAUUGUUCUGUCCGUCUGUACAAGAACUGGAAGUUUUCAUUUUGAGGGAAUUUGACUUGUUUAGGCAGAGUUAAGCUGUUAUCAGUCUGUCCUACAUAUGUUGUUUGUGAAGCGUUUUUGAUUUAAUGUUACAGCUCAUAGUUGUUGUUAAAAUAUCGUAUUAUUCAGUUAACACUGUCAACCUGUGAUGAAUACAAUAAUAUAGUAGUAGAAUAACUGCUUCACAGUAUUAGCAUAAUAGUAAGUCUUGACAUCUCAUAGUAUGGAUACAUUUGUUGGUGGAAAAUGAAGCUCAACAUUGGUCCUUUACCUUUGGCUCAGUUGACUGAUCCAACACUCAACAGGGUGUACUCUGAUGGUUUUCAUAAAUUAUAUACAGUCUGUAGAUUUGAGCCACACAAAGAACACUCCAUGGUUUCAAUAUUGUGCCCCAAAUCUUAAAAUGACCACCUGUUUUCAAAGCAGGGUGGUUAUAUUUUGUUAAACUUAGUGCUAUUUUUGUUUGCUUUCUUUCUGAGAGUGAGAUGAGAUACCUGUCCCAUGUUUGUGUGUACACGACCUGAGUGAAGCAGUUGUUAGCUUAGCUUAGCAUAAAGUAGAAGCAGGGGAAAAUUGCUAUUCUGGCCUGAAACAGCCUGUAGAGCACAUGUUGUAUAUUGUUUGUUCAAUCCACACAAAAGCAGGCAUUUUGAGAUUUUCGUGGCACUUAAGUCCUUCAACUUUCUUUACAAACAAUAGUGUCAUGUCUGUUCUUUAAUAGCACAAACUCCCCCACAUUUUUUAACGUUACCUCCAGCCCACCCUAUCUCACCCUUAGAAAGAAAGCAAAUAAACAUUUUAUUCCUUUCAUGUUUCUUUUCACCUGUUGCUCCUGUUGUUAUCCCUAAACCAGGCAUUAGAAAAGGGGACUGAAGUGAAACCCUGUUGGUAAAAGCACAUGUUAAGAUUGAAGAUGCAGGGACGGCUUGUAUCUAUUUAAGCAUGUUUUCCUGUUGUUCCAGGGUUUCUAUACCUUGGCUUGUCAUUCUGUUUUUAGGACUUAAAUUCUAAUGACCCAAGCAUUUGCACAAGGAAUAAGUUGUCAUGUGAAUUUGAUUAUGGUGUAGUUCAAUAUUCUGUUUCAAGAGCAUGCAUGCAUGCAAUGCAAGUGUCUUAUGUAAGCUAGAUCAUCUUAUAUAUUUUAAAUCAAUUUAGAUAUUUUCCAUAUCAAUUAGAUCAAUAUUAGAAAUAUCCUGCAACAUAGAAUAUACAAAGACAGUGACUGAUGCGUGAUCCAAGCCUUUAAGUUUAAUUUCUUGAAGAAAUAACAGAAAAGUUAACAGGAAUCACUAGCUCAGUCUGCUUUAGUCUUUGUGGAUAGGCAACGCUAAAAGAAUUGUCAGUGUUGAUAAAGCAUUUAUUUUAAACUGACACUCUGACGGGUUACACACUGUGACAUAAGAAUUUAUAUUGUAGUUUAAUUUGUAGCUUCUCAAAGCAGAUGUAGUGUGGGUUUAAAAGAGGUAUUGUAGUUAUUUAGCAUUGCACUUUCAAAAAACGUACAAAAGACAGCUAUUAGAAAUACUUGUCAACACUGGAUCAUACAUUCCCCAGAAUGCAAUGCAUGUCAUAAUCUUUAAGACCCUCCCCCCCCGUAGCACAGAUCUUUUAAACUCCACUAACUAAGUUUGUACCACAAGCUUCUUGUUAUGACGGAGAUCAUAUAAUUAUAUAAUUCAGCACCUUUGUCUGUGGAGGUCCCAUCAGUGUUGAUGGUAAAUGUAGUUCCCAGUCUCCUGCAUUUCUUCGACAAUGUUCUCUGGCUCGAUUAAAUAUCAGCAAAAUAUCUGUCAUGUAAAACCCUCUGCACUUUGAUUAUGGGAUACUAUUUUCGGUAUUAGAAAUAUAACUGAAAAAGCCAAAAGAACACGGAAGUUCGAAAGCGGAAGACUCUCCUGUAGUUCUUCUUUUCCCCCCCCCCCCCAACUACUUUAUUGACAUGUCUAAUGACACUUGGCGAUACAGAAAGCACAAUAUAUUUUGCACCAGGAGAAUUUCUCUGUCAAUAUAGAUUGCACAGUGGAAUUUAUUGAUUCAAUCGGCAUAACAAGUGGAACAAAUUCUAAUUUAGGAAGUUGUUGUCUGGUAACAAGGUAAUAAGGCUUGACAAAGCUCCCUUAGACCUUUAAAAUAUAUUUAGCUGUUUUCACAGGCUGUACCUACUGCUGUGUCAAAUCAGUGGAGUGCCUCUUUAAUGUGACCACCUAUUGAAAUGCAUACUUUAUGCUUGAACUGCCCACUGUCCACUCCAGUACUGCGUCUGUGACUCUAAACGUUCCCUACUUGAGAUUAUGUAUGCAGUAUCCCCAUUCAGGGUUCUUUAAAAUACAAAAUGUAAAAAAACAACAGCAUGACUGUCCUAAUCUCAAUGCCUUUCUCCUGAACAGAGUUAUGCAGUGAUCACAUAUUUUUGUAAGCUAAUUUGGAAGUUAGCAUUACAAGGGCUCCCUCCACAAAAAGCCAUGAUAUUUUUCCAUUGGUGAAAUGCUGACACAUUUCUGGGUUUAUAGACUCAUUCAUCAACUCUGUCACAGCAUGCCACACACUGACAUGUAGCAAGAAGGACAUUUCAAUAUUAGAACAAAGUCCUGGUGCUGCUCAGAUUCAUUAAACUACAUUUAAAGUUCCAGUCCAGCUGCCCCCUCAGUAAAUCUCCAUGUCAGUAAAACUCUUAUUAUGCAUAUCUUUCUUCAUGAUCUGGUCCCAAUAAAUCUCUAAUAUAUUUUCUAACUAUGUGAGAUUAGUAGUAACAGACACCAGGAGCUCGGAGUGUGCAACAAGUAUUUUUAAUAGCUUUGCUAUGCAGCUAUGUCAUUAGCACUAGCAUAAAAAGAGAGAUGUGUUACUGAAAGGAAUAGCUCCAUAUUUUGGAGAAUUCACAUUUUUUCAGAGAGUGAAAUAAUGUUAUUCUCAUGUUUGUGUGUUAAGUCCAGAUCUGGAGUUGGGAUGUAGCUAGCUUAGUUUAGCAUUAGGACUGGAAGCUCGGUAAAACAGCUAGCUUGGCUAAGUCCAGACUGUCAUUGUUAAAAUCCCUUAUAUGGUUUUAGGGGUGACUGUUUUAACUGCACAGAGAUAAAAAAAAAAAACGGGUAUAAAAAAACAGUGCUCAUCAACUAUCAAGCAACCUGCACUCCAGUUGUUGGGCGUAUGGUUAAAUAGUUGUUCAUCAAAAAGAAAAGUGUUUACAUUUCUGUUUAAAUACAGUUAAGUAACAUAAUAUUAGGAUGUGUCUGUGAGCUUUUGCGGUGUUGGCUAGUGUAUUUUUGAGCUUGCUUGAACCUGCUUCCUGUUUUUACACUCUUACGCCUUGCGUUUAAAACAGCUAGUUAGUUACCUUCCCUGCUAGCUAGCACAGCAUCAUAUAGCUGUCACCUGAUUGGUUGUGUGUCGCAAGGUCAGUGUCAUUUGUGCUCAAAGUUGAAAUAGUUUGACUUUGAGUGUGGUGCUUGGUGGCCAUUUUGAGCGUUGCGCGACGCCAGUUUAUCUCCGGCCUAGUCGACUGGCGCCCCUCUCCAUGAGAAACCAAUAGCACAGCCAGCGCAGAGUGUUUUACCGCUUUUCAUUUACAGGCAGCUUACAUUAGGCUCAUGUCCUGACUCCAACUCUGUAACCUAUCAACACAUGUUUUUGUGUACAUGAUCCUUCUUCAUCCUUGGAUGUUUGUUUUUUAGUGUUUAACGUCAACCGCGUUAGAAACCGAAUACAGAACCUGCUCUAUCCUACACCUGGACGCUGCCUAUGUCAGAGUUUCUCAGCUUUGAAACAGGAGUCCAUUUGGGGUUAACAAACAAACUUACUGUCCCGAUAUUAAAGAAGUAUAAGAGCUCCGUCCCUACACCUGAAACACCACUGUUUGAUACAUUUGGUGUCAUUUCAGUUUUGAAACCCAAAAAUGGACUCACAGGCCUGGAAAAGCUGAACUGUGACCUAAGCAGUGUUUAUGCAGGUCAUUUAUCUGGUCCUUUAUUUACUCUGUAGUAAUGUAUUUGAGUUGAAGCAUGUUCAAGGUGUCAUAUAACAAAACUACUGUACGUAUCUCAUACCUUCUUCGGUAUUUGUUGUGGAAAUUGACAAUGUAUUUUUUCAUAAAUAAAACACUAUAUAUAUUGUUAUUUGUUUUAGCAGAGACUUAUAAGUUGCCAAAUAUAAUAAAAGUCAGUGAGAUAUAUUUUUGGGCACUUGUAAAGAUAUUGUGUUGUAAUACUCUGUCAGAAUGGAAGUUUGACUUGAUUGCAAUAAAGCAUAAAUAAAACUGAUAAGAAAUACUG